GCUGUCUGUCCCAUGAACAUGAGGAAUCACACCUUCGUGACAGAGUUCAUCCUGCUGGGAAUUUCUAACUCUGAAGGGCUCGAGAGCAUGAUCUUUGUCCUGUUCCUGGUCUUCUAUGUCUUCGCCUUGCUGGGGAACCUGCUCAUCUUCCUCACCAUUCUGGCUUCCCCCAACCUCCACACUCCCAUGUAUUUCUUCCUGGGAAACCUGGCAGUGUUUGACCUAUUUUUCCCUUCUGUGAAUUCUCCUAAGAUGAUGGCCUACCUAGUGGGGCAGAGCCGCACCAUCUCUUACCAGGGCUGUGCUUCUCAGAUUUUCUUUUACCACACUCUGGGUGGCACCGAGUGUUUCCUGUACACAGUGAUGGCCUAUGACCGCUUUGUGGCCAUUUGUCACCCUAUGAGAUACACAGUCAUCAUGAACCACAGGGUGUGUACCUCCCUCACAGUGGGCACUUGGCUGGGGGGCUUUGCCCAUGGAAGCAUCCUCACAUUUCUUAUCUUUAAGUUGCCCUACUGUGGCCCCAAUGAGGUGGACAGUUUCUUUUGUGACAUUCCGGUGGUGCUGUCCCUGGCGUGUGCAGACACUUCUCUAGCACAGACUGUGAGUUUUACCAACGUGGGUGUUGUUGCACUCACGUGCUUUGUCCUGGUCCUCAUUUCUUACACUCGCAUUGUUAUCUCCAUCUUGCAAAUCCGGUCCUCAGAAGGCAGGCGCAGAGCCUUCUCCACCUGCAGUGCCCACCUCACAUCUAUCAUCCUGGUCUAUGGGCCAGUGAUUCUUGUUUACCUCAGACCUGCUUCCAGUCCCUGGUUAGACUCUGUUGUUCAGGUGUUUAACAAUGUUGUCACCCCUUCCCUGAAUCCUUUGAUUUAUUCCUUGAGAAACAAGGAAGUGAAAGUAGCCCUAAGAAAGGUAUUAAGUCAAGUGGCCCCAGCUUUGGGGUAUAAGCAAUAG